AUGGUCUUCUUCCUACUUUACUUUGUUGGCACGGGCGUCUGCAACAUUGUCGGUGCAGACACAGUGCCCGAAAGAGGGACUCGAGCUGCCUACCUUUCCUUGAUUAACAUGUUCCCACUCUACUUCUCUGGUGGUCGCGAAUUUGGUGCUCGUCUUUUGGGAACUUCCUUAAGGACGUAUGGCUUAAUCCACCGCAUGACCGGCUGCAUGGUAGUUCUUCAGGCAGCAAUCCAUAUUGCGAUGAUGUGUCAGGCAGCUUGCAUGCUUCUGUCGCUUGUGACACUCCCUCUGGUGAAGCAGCGUGUAUACGAGAUCUUUCUCCACACUCAUCUCGGCUGUGCCACAAUUGCACUAUAUGCGCUUUGGAGACAUGUCCCUUCGGCGAAGAUCAACUCACACGGUUAUAUAUGGGCAUGUAUCGGAAUCUUUGCAACAACCAGUGCGCUUCAACUGUCUCGCAUCCUGUUCCGCAACAUGGUUGUGGGAAAGAAAUCGAUCCGGAUGAAGGCAAGUCGCCAUGCAGAGGAUAUAGUUCGUGUUCAGCUGUACCUUUCCCGCCCGUGGAAGGUUCGCGCCGGAGAGAGGGUGAACCUGACUGUGCCAUUCCUGGGACUCUUUUAUCUCUUUCAGGCUCACCCGUUUACGAUUACCUGGUGGGAGACCCGGGAAGGGGACAAGGCAGAAUCAGUGUCCUUGAUGUUUCGUGCCCGAACGGGCUUCACCAGAAAACUUCUUAACCACGUGGAGCCAGACCGUGAGUACUGGGCUUGGAUUGACGGGCCCUUCGGUCCAUCAACCGUCCUUGGUUGCGGUGUUUCCAAGGAAGUCGGCGACUACGGCCACAUUCUGAUGGUCACAAGCGGGAUUGGCAUCGCCGCGCAGCUUCCAUACAUUAAAGAACUAUUGGAAAGGCGUCGCAACGCCGAGGUCUGCACGCAGAAAAUAUCCCUUGUAUGGCAGCUGGAUCGAACAGGUGACUGGGAAAGUGCCCGAGAUUGGCUACAGCAACUUGUCAAGCAAGAUGCAGGUUACAUGCUAAAAGUUGUUGUUUACGACCCGUUGAAAGCCAACCCUAUGCAAGAGCCCUUGACGCUCGGUCAGCACUCGCUCAUUACUGUUCACAACGGCGAAGCGAACUGGAAAGAUGUGUUGGUGUCAGAACUGCGGCGCCGUGCUGGUACAGUUCUGGUUACAGCUGAGAGCCUGGGUAUCCACAUCAAGUCUUCUGAUGUUCGACUGAAGGUAGAGGAAGGCGCCCCCUAUGCCUGGCACAUUGAGGAUCCUUCACUAGAACCUCUAUUCAACAAGCAGCUCAGCAAGCACUCGGUGGGUGUAUACAUGCAUCUAUGUGCCGAGGUAGGCCGUUCAUUCUGGGCCAUUCGGGCGGAUACAGCAACUAGUACGGCGCGAGACCCUUCGCUGGAUGAGCAGGUCAAAGUUCUCCAGAGCAAAAACACAGUUCUGUUAGAAGAGUUACAGAAGGCUAAGCAUGAUGUGCAAGAGCUACAACAGCGAAACCAAGCCCUCGGAAAGAAAGCAGAGGACAUGAAAGAGCUUCUUAAUUCUCGGAAUCUGAUUAUUGAUGGUUACGAGCGUGAAAUCCAGAAAUUGAGAUCAGAAGCUGCCGUUUAUCAAGCAAGCUGCCUGCAGUGCUCUGAGGCACUGAACCAGGCAACCUUUUUCCUGCAAGGCCUCCAUUCUGAUAUCGCGGCCUCUAUACCCGGGAUUCAAGCAAUGACUCCUCUGUAA